GUAAUAAAGCAGAAUGAGCUCCGACUCAGCAGAAAACCACACAGCAGCUUCAGCUGAGCUGUCAAUCAGCAGCAGCAGCCUUAUCUGUCCGCCGCAGGGGCUGAUGGGAGGUCUGAGGACCCGUUAGAAACCACGCGGCCCUCGUCUGAUCUCACAGCUCGUCCUUGUUUGGCCUCAGCUGCAUCAGAGCGCCACUUCUCCCCAGGUUCACCAGAGGAAACACCACUGCACACAAUGCUUUUCCUCCCAGCUGCUGCUCUGUGCUGUCUGUGUUCAGCUCUGGUUGCCAUGGCAGAAGAGCUGAUUCAGGAUUUAACAUUGACCAGGAGAGUCGGUCAAACUGUUUCCUUCAGCUGUGGAACUGACCAGUGUAACAGCGUUAAUGUUUACUGGUACCAGAGAAAUGAAAGAGAAACAUUGACAACAAUUCUGAAAAUUAAUAGGAUUAAUUGUAAAAUAGUACACAGAUUUAAUCACACUCAGAUAGAUGAUUUCUCAAAUGUUAGAAAAAAGAACAGCUGUGAGUUGCAGCUCAAGAACGUUACCAUCUCUCAUUCAGCCACCUACUACUGCUCCUGUUGGAAGAGUGGCUACUACAUCUUUGGCUCUGGAACUAAACUGUAUGUAAAAGAUAAGCAGGUAGUGAAGCCCGUGGUGAGCGUGUACCCAGCAGCAUCCAGAGCCCACCAUGAGGGGAAGAGCUCCCUGCUGUGUGUGGCCUCAAACAUGUUUCCUCCUGUGGUCCGCUUCUCCUGGAAAAGACGAAAGGAGAACAGUCUGACGGAGGAGCAGGCACCUGCUGAGGAGGAGCAGGCACCUGCUGAGGAGGAGCAGCUGGAGCUCAGAGAGUCGGGACGCACCGCCGCCAUCAGAGUGAUUCAUCGGGACGCUCUCUACACGUAUAAAUACCGCUGCUACGUCCAGCACGAGGGGGGGGAAGUGAAGGCCCAAACAGAACAAG